GUGUUAUACCAUCGCUCCGGGAAAGGCUGAGCAGUUGCAAAUUCUCCUCCGCCGCGUGGGUAGCAGGGAGCGUCCCAUCCCCUGCAGCCGGGGAGCCGGGCAGCAGCUGACAGAGAGAGGAUAAGGCGCCCCUGUCUGUCCUCCUCCUUGCACCCUCCGUCCCCUGCCUGUGCCGUCGCCGGGCGCCUGCAGCUUCUCGGCUCCAGUGCAACAGGGCGGACAGUGGCAGCCCACGGGGAUCCGCUCAGAGCCCAGCCGAGAUCCAGCGACCCUGCCCCUCUCUCAUCAGCACAGGCAGAGCCCUGGGCUGGACAGAGUCAUGACCGCUGAAAAGACUAUUCCCAUAAUUAAUGGCAAGCCAGAAGAUGCUUUGGACCCUGAAGCCUCAAGUACCAACCUGGUCCACAGCAACGAUAAGAAAGUGCACGAAAGAGGCCACUGGAACAAUAAGGUUGAAUUUGUGCUUUCUGUGGCAGGGGAGAUUAUUGGGUUGGGAAAUGUGUGGAGAUUCCCAUAUCUUUGCUACAAGAAUGGAGGAGGUGCUUUCCUCAUUCCAUAUGUGAUUUUCUUUAUUUGCUGUGGAAUACCAGUAUUUUUCCUGGAGACCGCCCUGGGACAGUUUACUAGUGAAGGAGGUAUUACAUGUUGGAGAAAAGUUUGCCCGCUGUUUGAAGGUAUUGGAUAUGCUACCCAAGUUAUUGAAGCACAUUUAAAUAUUUAUUACAUCAUCAUUUUAGCAUGGGCUAUCUUCUAUCUAUUUAACUGCUUUACCACAGAGCUCCCUUGGGCCACUUGUGGCCAUGAAUGGAAUACAGAAAACUGUGUGGAAUUUCAGAAACUUAAUAUGAGCAACUGCAGUCAACUUUCUUUACAAAAUGCCACGUCUCCAGUCAUGGAAUUCUGGGAACGCAGGGUGUUAGCCAUAUCCGAUGGAAUUGAACAUAUUGGGAAUCUCCGCUGGGAUUUGGCAUUGUGUCUCCUCGCUGCUUGGACUAUCUGCUACUUUUGCAUUUGGAAAGGAACAAAGUCAACUGGAAAGGUGGUAUAUGUAACAGCUACAUUCCCGUAUGUCAUGCUACUGAUUCUUCUGGUUCGAGGAGUAACAUUACCAGGGGCUUCUGAAGGAAUAAAAUUCUACUUGUAUCCUGACCUAUCCCGAUUGUCUGACCCACAGGUCUGGGUGGAUGCUGGCACGCAGAUAUUUUUCUCUUAUGCCAUCUGCUUGGGAUGCUUGACAGCCCUGGGGAGUUACAACAACUACAACAACAACUGCUACAGGGACUGCAUUAUGCUCUGCUGCUUGAACAGUGGCACAAGCUUUGUUGCUGGUUUUGCCAUCUUUUCAGUCCUUGGUUUCAUGGCUUAUGAACAAGGGGUGCCCAUAGCAGAAGUUGCAGAAUCAGGGCCAGGACUUGCAUUCAUUGCCUACCCAAAAGCUGUCACCAUGAUGCCUCUUUCUCCGCUAUGGGCAGCUUUGUUUUUCAUGAUGCUAAUAUUCCUUGGAUUAGAUAGUCAGUUUGUGUGUGUUGAAAGCCUUGUGACAGCUGUGGUGGAUAUGUACCCAAAGAUUUUCCGAAGAGGAUACAGAAGGGAACUGUUGAUUCUUGCUCUUUCGAUUGUAUCAUACUUUGUUGGCCUAAUAAUGUUAACAGAGGGUGGAAUGUACGUUUUCCAGCUGUUUGACUCCUAUGCAGCCAGUGGGAUGUGCCUUCUUUUUGUGGCUAUAUUUGAAUGCAUCUGCAUAGGCUGGGUUUACGGCAGCAAUCGCUUUUAUGAUAAUAUUGAAGAUAUGAUCGGGUACAGACCAUUGUCAUUAAUUAAAUGGUGUUGGAUGGUCCUAACUCCUGGUAUUUGUGCUGGAAUCUUCAUCUUUUUCCUGGUGAAAUAUAAACCUUUGAAAUACAACAACGUUUAUACGUACCCGGACUGGGGCUAUGGGAUAGGCUGGAUGAUGGCCCUCUCAUCCAUGGUUUGUAUUCCUUUGUGGAUCUGCAUUAAGUUGUGGAAGACAGAGGGAACCAUUCUAGAGAAAUUCAGGAAGCUGGUUGUACCUAGCCCAGAUCUGAAGAUGAGAGGGAAGCUUGGAGCAGGGGCAUAUGCUGCUACAGUAAAUGAUUGUGAUGCCAAACUGAAAGGCGAUGGCAACAUUUCAGCCAUCACAGAAAAGGAGACACAUUUCUGAAAGAACUCUCUUUUUGUGUGUGUUACUUUUUGUAUAAAUAAAUAAAUAAAUAAAAUAAAUACUUCACUUAAUUAUAGAGGCUGCUUGUUUUGCACAAAAUUUAUUAACCAGUUAAUUUUAAAGUGAACAUUGUAUACUUGUUUAAAAUGAUUUUUUAAUUAUUAUUAUUAUUAUUAUAAGUAACGAUUAUAUAAAAGAAAAAAGAACUAGCAUAGUACUGUAUGUUAGUGAUGACUUGUAAUAUGGUGAUUUUAGUAAAUGUUUUAUAGACGUUAGAAGGACCUGUAUAAUGUGCUGUAAAACUUUUCUACUUGGAUUUUUUGGAAAGCAUGGUGUUGUAUAAAUAUAUCUGUUCUAAUCUGUAAGCAUUUCAGACCAUUUCAGCUACUAAUGUAUGUCUAUAAAGGGGGUCACAAUGUCCUUUUGUUUAUAUUGGAGGGAGUUUUGGGGGACUAGUAACUCAACUGCAUCAUCUUUCUAUCUGAAUGUGGGAUUGAAUCAAAGCCCAUUGAAGUCAAUGGGAGUCUUUCCCAUUACCUUCAAAGGGGCUUGGAUCAUGCAGUUUGUGAAUCAAACUCUGCACCUGAACCGUGCAGUCCUUUUGUCCAAGUCAGAACUGCAGGCUCCAGCCUUGUACUUGGCAAAGCACUACUUGCAUGGUGAGUACUCUUUCUGGAGCCUAAAGGAAAUACCACCUCAUCGGUGUCUUCCCCCAUGCCUGAACUUCUCACCACAGCCAGGUAUAGAAAUGUGGUGGAAUGACUAUUUUCUUGGAGACAUCUAGAGGCUAUUUUUUUAAGAGCUCUAAAGUGUGUUGUUGUGAAGUGAGUGGUGUCUGAUCUCACCUUUGCUACUUCCUGGAACAUCUGAAGCUAUUCCAUGUUGUUUGUGGCUA